UUAAUAUCAUUCAUUGCACUAUCGUCAUUAUUCUCACCUACUUCACCUUCGCUAUGUUUAACGAUCUGUGGUCGGGCUUUGAGCCUCAGUCUCAGUAUUCGCAGCCUGAAAAAUUAAUUUACCGACUCAUCUCUUAACUAUCACUAUACUCUAUCCACCACAUAAUGCUAGCGAGGAUUCUAGGUGGCAUAUACUUGUCUUCAAUAGAGCCUCUCAACCAAGAAGAAGAUCUCCAUGCUUCUCAUAGUAUUACCCACAUUUUAAGUGUCAUAUCUGGGCCCAUACCGCACCAAUCUACUUACACCUCAUCGCCUUAUACCCAUAAGCAGAUUGACAUUACUGAUGAAGAAACCAGUAACAUACUUGAUCAUUUUGAUGAGGCAUUGGCCUUCAUGCAUUCAGCCAUAGUCACUAGCAAAUCUACUGUGUUAGUUCAUUGUGCCCAGGGCUCAUCCCGAUCCGUCAUUGUGGUGAUGGCAUAUCUUAUGAAGUACUACAAGUUGACAAUGGAUCAGUCGUUGUAUGCCAUACGAAGGAAGUUUGAAGGGGCUGUGAUAGAACCCAAUCAGUCAUUUUUACAGCAGUUGAAAGUGUAUGAGACAAUAGGCUUGAGUACAGAGGGAGCUAUGCAAAAGCCGGUGUAUAGACAGUAUCGCAUUGAGUUGGCCCUUAAGCAAGACCCAUCGGGCCAGACAGUCCGAGAUUUGAAUAUGUUUCAGUUCACAUCAGACACUGAACUUGAAGCAGAAACAGAGACAGAGAGAGAAACAGAAAUAGAAACAGAAACAGAGCCACAAAAUACACAGACACAAUCUGAUCUCCGAUGCAAACGGUGUCGUCAGACAUUAGCCAAGUCAUCACACAUUGAACUCCACGACAUACCCGACCUCGACUCCCGCCAGUCACAGUUCAUUAAGACAGCCCCUAAUUCCAGACGUAUCAUCAGUGUUCAAUCAGCAGCAUCCAGUUGUAGUCAUUUCUUCCUCAUUGAACCGUUAAACUGGAUGAAAGAUGAACUUGCGCUCGGAAAUAUAGAGGGUAAGUUUCAGUGCCCCAAGUGUCAGGCCAAAGUAGGAGGUUACUCCUGGAGGGGCUCUCGAUGUUCAUGUGGUAAAUGGAUGGUACCUGCACUCCACUUACAGACAGCUAAAGUUGAUGAAAUCAAACCCUUUCAAUUACAUCAACAUACCUAAUCUAUGUAUAUAACUAACUAAAUAAUUAAU